UUUUUUUCUGCCAGUGGUCUAAUCUAACUUCGAUAUAAUAGGUUAUUUUGUUGGAUGAGAUGUCAAAAAAUCGACUCACUUUCAGUUGCGCGCACAGUGGUCAGAACUGAUCUGAAGCUAGUUGUUCGGUGAAGUAGGCGACUUGAUUCCUGCUAUGACUAACUUUGAUCACAAGCAAUAAAUAGCCUACAGCUCGUGGUCGCUGACAGUCUAUGGAAUAUGUACGUAUACAAUGCGGUAUGAGUGAAGCGAAGUAGGCUACUAGACUACAAGAACAAGCAUUCAUGGCUACCGAUGAGUCAACAAUGAUUGUAACUUUUUCUGAAGUCCAAAGUCGCUUCUAGGCUACAAAUGGGUUCCAUGUUUGAUCUGAGCGUUGCUGUAAGACUCUAUUUGCUGUCUUGUUUCGUUGUAUCUGUGGACUUCACUUUAGGCUUGGGACAAAGCCAAGAUACUGAAUUCACGUUUCAACUCCCUGCAGGUAGAACAGAAUGUUUCUACCAAACAGCUACGAAGAACGGAAGCCUGGAAGUAGAAUACCAGGUGAUUGCAGGUGCAGGCCUGGAUGUGGGCUUCACCCUGAUCUCCCCCAGCGGAUACAAGCUGGCCUCUGAGUUCAGGACAUCUGACGGCAUCCACACGGUGGAGCCUACAGAGGAUGGAGACUACCGGCUGUGUUUUGACAACAGCUUCAGUAAGCUUUCUGAGAAGAUGGUGUUCUUCGAGGUGAUUGUAGAGGGCCAGCCUGGGGACACCUGGGGCGAUGAAGAGUGGGCUGACAUGGCCGAGCCAGAGAGUAUGGUGGAGUACAAACUGGAAGACAUCAGGGAGACCAUGGACUCAGUGCACAGGCACCUGGAGCGGAGCCGGCAGCUUCAGACCAUGCUGAGGGCCUUCGAGGCCCGGGACCGCUAUCUACUGGAGGACAAUCUGUGGAGGGUCUCGUUCUGGUCCUCCAUGAGCCUCCUGGUCAUCCUGACCGUGGCCGUCACACAGGUCUACACCCUCCGACGCCUCUUCGACGACAAGAGGGUCUGCAAACCCUAGUGUCCAGUAGUAUCUUCCACCACCCCCACACCCUUCCCAGUGGUAUCUUCCACCACCCCCACACCCUUCCCAGUGGUAUCUUCCACCACCCCCACACCCUUCCCAGUGGUAUCUUCCACCACCCCCACACUCUUCCCAGUGGUAUCUUCCACCACCCCCACACCCUUCCCAGUGGUAUCUUCCAGCACCCCCACACCCUUCCCAGUGGUAUCUUCCACCACCCCCACACCCUUCCCAGUGGCAUCUUCCACCACCCCCACACUCUUCCCAGUGGUAUCUUCCAGCAGACUCACAAACUUCCCAGAGGUAUCUUCCACCAUCCCCACACCCUUCCCAGUGGUAUCUUCCACCAUCCCCACACCCUUCCCAGUGGUAUCUUCCACCACCCCCACAUCAUGCCCAGUGAUAUAUUCCAGCAGACCCACACACGGCCCGAUGGUAUUUUCCACCACCCCCACACCCUUCCCAGUGGUAUCUUCAUCAAAGAUGCCAUAGAAGGGUGUUGGGACUAACAGGACCCCACUGUAAAGUAAUGGUUUCAGAGAUUGAAGAAGAGACACUAUUGACAACAGUGAUGACUGUUAGUAAGGAUUUAGUGAUGUUUGUGUGUGAUGAGCUUGAUUCAGCUUUUGAGUGGCAGAAAAGUGCAUGUUUGUAUGUGAGUCAUAAACACUGUAUAAUGAUGUUUUGACAAUUUAUUGUCAAUCUAUCAAACAAGAAACCAAUGCAAUAGCAGAUCAUGUGGUAGUAUGUUUUUAACAUGGUAUCUUAAGAGUGACUUUACAAAUAUAAUUUAUUUAAUGACAUGGUUAUAACACAACUACAGCAAAAUAAACACACACACAAAAAAAAAAACAUUAUACUCUUGAAAUAAAUUAAUUCUGGAGAAAGAGUAGCCUUGCAAAGCCACUGAUCCCGCAAGCUUACAUUAAAAGCUGCAGUGGUUAUCAGUCUGUUAAUUAUGAGGCAAGAGAAAUAAGUCUUACAUGCAUCAAUGGCUGUCCUCAUGGGAUGGUUUUAUUGAAUUACAGACAUUACAUUUUUAUUGAAAUAUAGUGUUUGCCAGAGAUCUGGUGAGACGAAGCCAAAGAGUUGAGACAUUCAAAAAAUUAUCCCUGCCAGGAGAAUGUUGCAAAGUCAACCACAAGCAUAGUUGUUAUAUACACCUCCAACACCACAAAACCAGAUCCAAUCAUUCAUUUGAAAUUUGAGUGUCAAAAGUGUGCAGCAAAAGAAAAUAAGGCAAUCUUAUUGGCUACCACAAAACAGCACUGGAUUAAAGGCAUAUCGCAAAGUUCUGCAGUUGACAUCAGUUGGAUCUAUUAUUGACACUGUACUACAUUAUAAUCACAUUACCGGUAUAUGCCCUUCUUCAUACAACUAUCCUACUAUCCAUACUAUCAUACAACUAUCCAUACAACUAUCCAACUAUCCAUACUAUCCUUACUACAGUAUAAAGAUAACAUACAGCAUAUGCCAUAUAGAAGAGGCCUUUAUUCAAAGUGAUUUACAGUCAUCCGCGCAUACAUUUCCAGUAUGAGUGGUCCAGGCAGGAUUCAAACCUACGACCCUUGGUGUUGCAAGCACAAUGCUCUACCGACUGACCCUUGUGCAAGGCAUCCACUGGAACAUGCAUGGUUUGAAGCUCUCUUCUGAACAUGACAUGACCCUCGCUGUUAAAAGCUUUGUAUACUUCUGUGCUCACUCAGCAGUGGAGGACCCAGCACUACCUGAUUAAUUGAGCUGUUCCUAACAUUCUUCACCUCAUCCCUUCAAAUAGUCACCUUACCGUUUGGUUUUUGGGGCCCUCCCAAUACACUACCAUAUAAUAUUAAGGGCUGUCAUCAUCCCUCAUCCCCAACUGACACGUCAAUUCUCAAAUAAUCUACAGUUCCACCUACACACAAUGUAUUUACAAUCAUCUAAAUAAACCAAACUUCUACACUUCAAUCAUUUUUAUAGGAGUGUUCUACAAACGUGUUCAAUAGUCAUUCAGACACGGAUCUGUUGAGAAAUGCCCAUAUUUUAAAACUGCACUGUACAUAAAACCAAGAGGAGAGGUUAUGCCCCAGGAGAUAGCUAACACAAACAAUCACUGGAUUUCAUUACGAAUUUGGCACAUGAGCAAACAAUUUUAUCAAUACAAAAAUAAUUUCAUUUUCUCAAUGUUUGUUUAGUAUGGAAAUAGUGAACAGAAGUUGAACCCCUACUGAGAGUGGUGUCAGAAUUCAGCCAGGCUACAGCUCGCUAAACCCCCUGGAGGGGUUGGAGUUUUCAGAAUACACCCCCCACACUUCUAGAACAGUCUGGGUAGGUGCCAGCUAUUAAAGGCCCAAUGCAGCUGUUUUUAUCUCAAUUUCACUUUAUGAAAAAAAACUUUUAAAGGAGGCUGAUUUUCCUGAAAUGCCGUCAGUUAUUGUAAAACGAGUACGUUUGACAGUUGCCAUUGAAAAAGCUGCCUCUUGUAUUUCAUGUUAUAAACUAAGUUAUGGCUUUUAGAGUUUAAUCAGCUCUGCAACCUGUUCUUUGGAGAAUAUUUAAGGUUAAGGUGUUCAAGGUUUAUGAUUCUUCGCAGGUCUGGUUCUCUUGCUGGUUUGUGGACAGUGCACCCCCAAUCCUAUCCUGCUUUGGGGCAAGGUCACCACUGGUUACGACGAGCAGGAGCAGGCCGCCUGUUCAGGGACAAUCAUAACGACAGACCAACAUUAAUAACUCUCUCCCAUUCAAGUAUUUUUGAUGCGUAAUACAGUUUGGUGAUUGUAAGGGGUCUAACAGACCUUUUUUUGUAAGGGAAGACUUAGGAACAUUUAUUUCCUAAAAUUGUGUUUGUGUCCAUCACAUUUUUUACAUCUCCCUGCUUUCUUUAGCUAAUGAUUCCUAUUACCAUAGCUGCCUGUUUUCUACAGGCAAUGUGAUCUAUUAUGUGCAGCAAGAGACAAAUCAAAUCAAAUUGAUUAGACCAUAAACUUGAACAUUUAAUUGAAAAACAGCAUACUUGUACACCAAAGGCCUUCUACAACCCACCACCACUAUUAUUACUAACACUACAGCAGAGUAUUGAGUUGUAUAGUAGAGUAUGUGCACCUUGUAUUCAGAGAAACAUCAGGAAGGAAGAAAAAAGAAGAAUGAAUAAGUUAUUAUUCCAGGAAUUCCUGUCCUUCACAACUUUCCUUCCACUUUUAACUCAAGUCGAAAGGCAAGCAGCCUGUUGGCACAGAAACACCAUAGCAACAUCCACAGUGAAGGAGGGGGAAGAAGAGAGGAAGGCAUACCAGGAGAGAGAACCAUGAGGACAACCAAUGAGAGAGGAGAGAGAGGGGGGACCACACAAGACACAAGGAGACACCAACCACCAGUCUCUUUAUUGUACACAACACCUCUUUAUUUAGCGCUCAUGUUCCAAAUGGGUUCAUUUGUUUAUUCAAAUCCAGGAAAUUACUAGAGGCACUUGACAAGGCUUUGCAAAAACUAAAGAAAGAUUGACGCAGGUCAGUUCCCCCCACC